AGGAAGCAAUUGGUCAAUAUAAAACACAGGUUGUAGGCGCUACAUUUUAUCGUUCUUUCGCUUCGCUCAUCUGCGCCCAGCCGCGCUCUCCUCCGUCACUCUUCCUUCUCAACGCAGCCAUAGGUGAAUCCAUCAUGGCUAAAGUUUCACUAUGGCCCCAUCAAAGAUGCGGACCUUCUUCACUCUCUCUUGGUUUUAGAGAAUUGUUGUUAAUAGCAAGUUCAGAUAUUGCACAUUUGACUGGCUUUGAGGGAAUAUGUUGAAGUUGUUACUUUAACAGCCAAGGAAGGUGCCUUUUCUUCAACAGCAACAAAUCUCACCUUCUCUCAUAAACUCGACUUGCAGCCAAAUUCAUCAAAUUCUGCCAUGUCAUCUUCAGAUCCCAAAACCCCAGAAGGAUUAGAUCAAACAAAGGCACCCACUAUAGAAAAUGGAGAUGAAGAUCAGGGUAAAGAGAGGGAGGGAGAGGAGGAAGAGGUGGGAGAAUGUGGAUUUUGUUUGUUCAUGAAGGGGGGUGGGUGCAAAGAUGCCUUUAUAGCAUGGGAGAAUUGCAUUGAAGAGGCAGAGAAGAAAAAUGAGGACAUAGUGGAAAAGUGCUAUGAGGUGACUGGGGCCUUGAAGAAGUGUAUGGAGGCGCAUGCUGAUUAUUACGAGCCAAUUUUGCGGGCAGAAAAGGCUGAAGAGGAGGCAGCCAGGAAGAAAUCAGACGAAGAAAAGGCAUCAAACAAAUCUGAGUCGAAUGUGGCUGAGAAGGCAGUGGAGCAAGCAGUAGAUUCCAAGGAUUCAGAGAAGGGCUCCUAGUGGUAAAUGAAAUAAUUUGAUGAUAGUUGAUUUUUGCUUUUGAGGAGGACAUUAUUGUUUCCUUGUUCUUGCAGUUUUAAUUUGCUGCGAAUGAAUACAGAUAGGAUUAUUUGAGAUUCAAAUUUAAUUAGUCUCAAUAUUUGAUAAGAUAUUGAGCAUCGGAUGUAAUCAUGUAAAACUUUUUUUAGAAGCUGAUAAAAUAAAGGGUUCAACGCAGCAUUGACAUU